AGAGAAUGGGGGAGAGGGGGAAAGAAGGGAUUAAAAAAGGGCUGUUGGCCCUUUUUAGGCACUCCUUAAGGCAUACUAUAAAUACUUCCCAAAGGCCUGGGUUGCCUUCAUUCCCUUUCGUCUGGCUGCGGCUGCUAUUUGUAUCUGCGUGAUUUCAUCUCGUCCUUCGUUCAACAGCGCACUAUCCAGCACAAUGAAAAUCGUGUUCGGGCUUCUCGGAUUGGCGUGCAUGGUGGCACUGGCCCAGGGGGUUUGGGAAGACGGGGAACAGCCUAGUGAAUAUUUGGUGGAAGGAAUGAGGUCUCAGCCCUUGGAGACCCGGGAGGACCUCGUUCCCGCCGAGUCUGCCGCUCCAGGAUUCGGCUUUCGACGACGAUUCGGCUACGGAGGAGGUUACUUUUGGCCCAACUACGGCUGGGGACGCGGUUGGGGUUGGGGUCGGGGUUGGGGUUGGGGUGGCUUCCGCCGCCGUUACGACGACGAUGAUCGACGAUGA